UAACCUUGUAAGCAUGGCGAAAGUGGUGAAGAAGUUGCAAGACAAUUGGAAAAAACUUGUUUUAUUUUCAGGCGCGAGUGCUUAUGGUGUAAAAUAUGCAACCAACAAAUACGAAGAACUGGAUAUAAGACGGCAGUACUGUAAAAAGGCACAGGCUUAUGGACAGCAGUGCCUGUAUCCCAAUGAAAACCCACGUAAGGUCACAGUGUUUCUGAACCCUGCAGCUAAUAACAGAAAGUGCACACAAUUAUUUGACAAGAAUGCUGCCCCAUUGUUCCACCUUGCUGGUCUUGAUGUCACUGUUAUCAAGACUGAGCGUGAAGGCCAGGCAAAGGCAUACAUGGAUGUUAUUGGACUGGAAGAUACAGAUGCCAUAGUGGUUGCCGGGGGAGACGGAACUGUGGCCGAAGUUAUGACUGGUUUGCUGAGGAGAAAAGAUCAGGACUUUGUAAAGAGAAUAUCAAUAGGCAUUUUGCCACUUGGUGAAACUAAUAGUUUGGCUAGAUCUAUUUUUAGUGACACAGCCUCACAAGUCAGAUGGAUCUGUGAAAGUGCUUUGGCUGUGGUUGAAGGAUUAAAAAGACCCAUAGACCUAAUGGCCAUUACUGGCAAUGAAGGGAAAACGGUGUAUGCAGCCUCUAGUAUUCAGUGGAGUCACUUCAGGGAUGCAGAAACCACUAAAUCAAAAUAUUGGUAUUUUGGUCCCUUAAAACAUCGCUGGACAUAUGUUUGGGCAACAGUGAAGAAAUGGCCGCCAGAACUGAAGGCCAGGCUGUCUUAUAUACUUCCCUGUUCUGGUUGCUCAAAAUGUGAAACCCCACCACCCCCAGAGGAGAAAAAACAGCGGGGUUGGCUCAGUUUUCUGCUUCCCCCUCCCAAGAAGAAAGAACCAGUAAAAGAUUAUGCCCACAUCAUCAAUGAAGAAUGCGGGGUGGAGCACAAACUAGAUGUCAACACUUCAGAGUUGACAGUUUUAUCAAGCAAUCUACUAGAAAAACAAUUGAGCUAA